AUGCCAGGGCUCGCGGAAGAACUUGGCGUCCUGACCCUUCCCAUGCAGUUCUUCUGUGAUGAUAGCGUCGGGUCUGACCUUGAGUCACUUGGUCAAUCGAAGACGGACUGGGAGCGCUGGAUUAGGUUUUCGGUGGCGAAUCACCCGGUGUAUACGGCGUACUCUCCCCUUUCCUUCUCUCUCUCUGCCACCGUCAUUAUGAUGGCAAGUCAAACAACAACCUUCCCCCCAAUUACUCCGCCCCCUGGAUGCACAUUUGCGAACCAGCAUACCCUGUCGAAGCUACCAGUUCCAUCUCUCGAUGACACUUGCAAGCGCUACUUAACCGCUCUUCGAGGUCUCCAGGAUGAUAAGGAACACGCUACCACUCAGCAUGCUGUUCGAACUUUCUUAGAUGGCGAAGGUCCCGCUCUGCAGGAGAGAUUGAAUGAGUGGGCUCAAGAGAAGGCGAGCUGCAUCCAGGACUUUUGGUAUGAAAGUUAUCUCUCGCACAGUGAUCCUGUAGUGCUCGCUCUCAACCCAUUCUUUGUCCUCGAGUACGUUUCAUGUGAUUUCAUUUGCCUUUCACAGCCCUCUCUAACACCACCGCCGGCAGGAAUGAUCCUACCCCACGGCGGAGCGCAGCUGCAAAAUGCUUGUGAGAAGGUUGCUCGCAUGGCUAUUGGCGUUCUCACUACUGAGAAUCGAAAGACUCGGUCUUCCCUUCGACAUGAACUCGCCCAGGACAAGACCAAUGCAGCUUGCUUGCGCCUGGUUGAUGAUGCCUUGUUGGUGGUCUGCCUGGAUGAUGCAGCCCCAGGCCGCGAUGGCGUCGGCGUGCGCGCUCGCGACAGCGAAAAGGGAGAAGACCUUGCUGCUCUAUGCAGCAAUUUCCUUUGCGGAACUUAUGACCUGCAGGAGGGCGUGCAGGUUGGCACGUGCACCAACCGGUGGUAUGACAAACUACAAAUCAUUGUGUGUGCGGAUGGUGCCGCCGGUAUCAAUUUUGAACACACCGGCGUUGACGGCCACACGGUUCUGAGGUUUGCCGCAGAUGUCUUCACUGAAGGCCUAAUGCUGCUUGCACGCUCAAUUAAUCCCUCUGCACCCACACUACACCAAAUCAUUGAUAUCCUCUCAUAUGAUACCUCGCCUGCUAAACUCAUGUGGACCCUGACUCCCUCAAUUCGAGUCGGCAUUUGGUAUGCUGAGACGCGGUUGAGUGACCUUAUAUGUCAGAAUGAUUGUCAGGCGUUCGAGUUCAAGGGCUAUGGAAAGAAUUUCAUCACGAGCCAUGGUUUCAGCCCUGAUGCCUUCGUGCAGAUGGCUUUUCAGGCGGCAUACUUGGGACUUUAUGGGAGAACGGAAUGCACUUAUGAACCUGCGAUGACGAAGGCCUUCCUUCAUAGGAGGACUGAAGCGAUCCGGACAGUGCAACCGGAGAGCGUCGAAUUCACCAAUGCAUUUUUCUCAGAGUGUUUACCUGACGAGAAGAUCCGCAAAUUGUGCAAGGCCUGCGAGCGACGCGUAAAGCUUACGAAGGAGUGUAGCGAGGGAUUGGCCAAGACCGGUCGGUUCUCCUGUUUUAACUUGAUUUCAGUAACAGGAAACCUCGAUCCAUCUCCUGACGAUCCAAUCCUGAACGGCGGUACUCAGAAGAAUGCCCUCCCGUCAAUCUUCGCUGACCCGGGCUGGAAUCUACUCAGUACCUCUAUCUUGUACACCUCAAACUGCGGAAACCCCGCGUUGCGCCUUUUCGGAUUCGGGCCUGUUGUGGCUGACCGGUAUGGCAUUGGGUAUAUCAUCAAAGAGAACGGGAUAAGCGUCAUUGCUUCAUCAAAGCAUCUACAGACGCGUAGAUUCCUGGAUACGCUCCAAGGAUAUCUGUUAGAGGUUCAGAAGAUCUUAAUCCAGCUCCAUCGCUCCGCAAAUGAACGCCCUGCCCCAUUUGUUGAUCACGCUGGCAUCCUCCACGACUCCAAGACUGGUCGGCCGAUUAUUAACGGCCACGGUUACGGAUCAGAAGAAUCGGGGAGCGACUACAAGGAGUCAUUUGGUUAUGCGCAGCUUUUCGUAAGCUUACUGAUACUUGUAUUCUUAGCCGGGUAUUCGUUCUUUGAUAGUGGUGAUAUCGAUCUGCUCGGACGCCGCAAGAGAAGUCCUCCAUAUGCGAAUAUUGGAAAAGUCCUCCCUCUGUCCGAUUAUUGA